AUGUCCGUGCCAAUAUACCCUGAAAGUAUGUCUGAUGCCGUAUACUGGUGGGUCGAGAUCGAUGUUUCAGGAGUCAACAGCAGCUUUGAGUACGACUUCGAUCCUAUAACGGAUGAUGAUGACCAUAAUAAAAAGACGAGAUUCGCUGCCAUGACCAAACAACAUCUUCAGAAUGAUAGAAUCAAUGUCAAGAUCUCAGAUACGGAUAAUAGAACUAUAAAAAUAUGCUACUGCAUUUGUAUAGGUCCGUUCACGAAAGGUACGAAGCCUACCGUUGAAAAGGGGCGAGAUAUGAUGCUGGCACAUCUGGAAAAAGAGCUUCAGGCACCAUCAGAGGCUCUAGACGCGCUUGAAGCAUACUGGCGCGAGAUGAAAGCAAGGCGAGAGCGGCUUGAGGAAGAACUUUCUGACCAACAACGACGCUCGUUUCGCGAAGCUACCCCUGUACCCCCUGGAGCACCUCGACUUGGGUAUUAUAAUGAUGAUGAUAUCCCGGAGGAGAGAGUGGAGCCGGGUCAAUGGUGGUGA